UAUUUGAGGAAAUGGUCACGUCACUACCAGCUCAGCCUAGAAUGUAGCAUUUGGCAAGUUAAAACUGAUUAUUUACAUUCAGUAUGUGUUUUGAAACCCAUUUAUUAUCAUUUAAGGGUUCGCCGCUGUUGUGGGACAGAAGUACAUGAUACGUUUCAGCUCCACAGGUUCAUGAACUAUACGGUUAUUUUCGCACCAGUGAGCCACAUCAGAACUUGAUUAGUUUCUCAAUGAUGAGCGCACAGACAGACACACACUGAGACAUAAACACACACAACAGCAGCAGUAUGGAUGAGAAAUACAGCAGUAAUGUCAUCUCCAGUGGUAAACUGGGGCGAGUCGAGGUUCCAAAUGCCAGACUGACACAGUACAUAGUAUUACUGUACUUUACCAAGGUGCUGAAAGCUUUUGGGAUAUUUGAGUCCUAUGAUCUUCUCAAAGUUGUGCAUAUUGUACAGUUUCUCUUCAUACUGAAAAUGGGGUGUGCAGUGAUAUUGGUUUUCUUUCAAAAGCCAUUUUCGUCAGGAAAAAUGAUCCCCAAAAGACAGUGGAUGAAAAUCCUCAAGCACUCUGUCAUGAGCUGUGUCAUCUCUCUUUUGGGUUUCUUUGGACUCACUCUCUGUGGACCGCUCAGGACACUGUUGUUGUUUGAGCACAGUGAUGUGGUGGUGAUCUCUCUCCUCAGCGUUCUCUUCACCAGUUCUGGAGGAGGGCCUUCUAAAACGAGGGGAGCUGCUUUCUUCAUUAUUGCUGUCAUCUGCCUUUUGCUCUUUGAUAAUGAUGAUCUUAUGGCAAAGAUGGCAGAGCACCCUGAAGGGCACCAUGAUAGUGCUCUUACUCAUGCCUUGUAUACAGGGAUCGCGUUUUUAGGCUUGGCAGACCACAAAGGUGGAGUGGUUCUGCUGGUUCUUGCUCUGUGCCUGAAGGUGGCCUUCCACACAGCAUCUAGAAAGUUAUCAGUGGAGAUCGGAGGAGCAAAGCGGCUUUAUGCUCUGUCCAACCUGGUGUCCGCUGUGGUUCUGCUGCCCUGGAUCAUAGUGCUGUCUGCAACCACUGAGAGCAAGGUGGAGUCCUGGUCUGGCCUCAUCAUGCCGUUUGCUAUGAUCAUUUUCUCUGUGAUGAUCCUGGACUUCUAUGUUGAGUCCAUCUGCACAGCGAAGCUUGAAGCCUCACGUUGUGCUCGCUACGGCUCCAUCUUCGUGUUUCUCAUCGGUCUGCUAUUAGCAAACUUCUGGACCCACCCGCUGACAGACCAGCUCAGAGUAAUGAGUAAACCAGGCCAGGGCAGCACUGAACAUGUGCUGUCUGGUGGAGUGCUGGUCAGCGCCUGCUUCUUCAUCAUGGCUGAUAGCGUGCUGUCAGCUCCGUCGUCAAAGGGGCAGAAGGGAACACUGGUGGGUUACUCCCCUGAAGGAACUCCUCUUUAUAACUUCAUGGGAGACGCACUCCAGCACACGUCCCAGUCUCUACCUCGCUUCAUCAAAGACUCGCUCAAACAGAUCCUUGAGGAGUAUGACUCACGGCAGAUCUUCUACUUCCUCUGCCUCAACCUGGCUUUUACAUUUGUUGAGCUCUUCUAUGGUGUGUGGACCAACAGUCUGGGGCUGAUCUCUGAUGGCUUUCACAUGCUGUUUGACUGCUCCGCUCUGGUGCUGGGUCUAUUUGCUGCCCUCAUGACCAGAUGGAAAGCAACCAGGAUAUAUUCCUAUGGGUAUGGUCGUGUUGAAAUCCUCUCUGGCUUUAUCAAUGGCCUGUUUCUCAUGGUCAUAGCUUUUUUUGUGUUUAUGGAGUCCGUCACCAGACUCGUCGAUCCUCCAAACAUCAACACAGACAUGCUAACGCCGGUGUCGGUUGGCGGGCUCCUUGUCAAUCUGGUGGGCAUCUGUGCCUUCAGUCAUGCCCACUCUCAUGGGGCCUCCAAAGGUAGCUGCUCUGGUCACGAACAUGGUCACUCGCAUCAUGGACACGGCAGUGCAGAACACAGUCAUGGAGGACAUGGACACAGUCAUGGGGGACAUGGACACUCUCAUGGACACGGACAUUCCCAUGGAUCUGCUGGGGGAGGAAUGAAUGCUAAUAUGCGAGGAGUGUUUCUGCAUGUGCUGGCUGACACGCUGGGCAGUGUUGGUGUGAUUAUAUCCACUAUACUCAUCAGACAAUUUGGAUGGCUGAUUGCAGACCCCAUUUGUUCUCUUUUCAUCUCCACACUGAUUUUUCUUAGUGUCAUUCCUUUGAUAAAGGACGCCUGUGAGGUUCUUUUACUGAGAACUCCUCCUGAACAUGAGAAAGAGCUUAACUUUGCCCUUGAAAAGAUUCAGAAAAUAGAAGGUGUUUUGUCGUACCGUGACCCUCACUUCUGGACACAUUCUGCAAAUGUCCUUGCUGGAACCAUCCAUCUGCAACUUAUGUCUGAUGUGGUGGAACAGCGAAUUAUUCAGCAGGUAUCGGCUGUGCUGAAGGAUGCUGGUGUUAAUAACCUAUCUAUUCAGUUGGAAAAAGAGGCCUACUUCCAGCACAUGUCUGGCCUAAGCACCGGAUUCCACGAAGUUAUAACCAUGACACAACAAAUGGAGUCCAUGAAAUAUUACAAAGAUGGCACAUGUAUCAUGUAAACUGUUGUUUUAAUACAUUUAAAUAUAAUGAAAUAAAGACAUUUAAGGUGU